AUGGAUCAUUCAAGUUUGCACGAAUACAUCAUCUCCUCGUUCCUCAACACCCAACGGCCCCCAACCGUCAGCGAGGUCGCCGCCCAUUUCAAAACAGACACCGGCACUGCACGCAACGGCCUGCGGUCCCUGGCCGACUACCACGGGGUCGUGCUGCACCCCAAGUCCGACGAGGUCUGGGUCGCCCACCCGUUCUCAGCGUCGCCCACAACCUGUGUCGUAUCGGCCGGUGACCGAAAAUGGUGGGGCAACUACGCCUGGUGCUCGCUCGGCGUGAUGAAGCUCGCAGGGGGAACGGCGGUUCUCAAGACCAGGACAGGUGCCAUUGGUGACGAGGUAUCGGCCACGGCCCGGGACGGACAGCUGGUGGACACGGACUUUGUGAUACACUUCCCGGUGCCCAUGUCCAAUUGCUGGGACAACGUUGUCUACACCUGCUCGGUCCAGCUUCUCUUCCGCGAUGAGGCCGAGGUGGAUGAGUGGUGUGCUGUAAGGGGCGUUCCCAAGGGAGAUGUACGGCCUAUUCAGCAGAUCUGGGAUUUCGCUGCAGAGUGGUAUGGUCGCCAUGCCGAUGCGGACUGGACCAAGUGGUCUCUGCACGAGGCCAAGGAGAUCUUUGACCGACAUGGCCUUGAUGGACCAAUUUGGGUAGUUGAACAUGAUGGUGGACGCUUUUAG